GUUUUUUUUCUCCGCUCCCUCAAUUCCCAUUUUGCGGUGUUUGGUUCGCGGUCAUUUUGCGUACCGAUGUGUGUCGUGUAGCUACGAUAAAAGUGUUUAUCACGAAAAACAAAAAAAAAGAUUGUUAACAACCGUUGGUUCAAGCACGGUUGCUUUGUAGUAGUGAUGCAUUAGUGCACUUUGCAACGGCAAAAAUGCAACUAACAAAAACGAACCCGUACCGCCGCAGCACCUGAUGAUGAUGACAACGUUCACUUUCAGCUGUGCUGCUCGUGUUGCAAGUGCUAUGUGUGCAAUCGAUAUCUUUCUCCGCUUGGGUGUGUGCGUGUGUGUGUAUGCGUUGUGCUUUUACCCGGAAUCCUUCAAAACGGUGUAAUCAUAAAACGACCGCUGCAAAGUAUGCGUGACCGUGGGAAAAUUCGUGCGCUAGUGCUAGUGGCCGAAUAGUGACAGGAAGCGGCCAAACCAAAUCGAUAGUUGGUGACAUUUAUACAGUUUGCGGCUUUUAGGCUGCAUCAUAUCAAGCAAAUCAGUGAAAUAGAACCCGCAGUGUAACCGUGCUGAAGGAAUAUCUUUUUCCUUGCCUCGCCAACGACUCAUCGUCUCUAAUCUUUGACGCUGAGUAAUCGUUGAUUGCCUCCCCACGACUCUCCUCCCUCCCAACGUUCUAACGACAGCCACGUGUGGAGGAGCGUAGUCUAAAGGAGGAUGAUGAUGAUGUGUGUCCAGCGAGAGCUGCAUAAUCGAUGAUUGUGCCCGAAAUAUCAGCCCUUCCGUCGACCCGUUUGCUGUUUGCUUACCGAUAGCCCUCCUAACGGAUCAUCUCGGAUGUGCCCUAGAGUGUGCGUGUGUGUGUGUGCUGUCUUGGUUGUGUGUGUAUGAUGAUGAUGAUUUGCUUGGAGCAAAUUGAAAAGAAGUGUGCUAUGAAGUGAUUGCACGCAGCUGUGUCGCAGCUGUACCCUACGGAGUGAGUGUGAGUGUGGAGCGGCUUGAAACUAAUCCUAGUAGGCUAGUGAGCAGGAGCAGUUCCCGGGGCUUAGUUCCAUAAAGCUCACUAUAAAACGGUGGCCAAGGCAGUGUGGGAUCGGUGCAUUUCUCUACCCAAUCUGAGAAGUUUGGCUGCUGAUAAGUAAACCAGAAAAGUGUUUUCCGGGUUAGUGUGUAUACUUGCGUCCUCUCCCUUACCUUGCGUGUCUGUGUGUGUGUGUGUUUGUGGUGUAGUAGCGGUGUUGUUUUGUGAUUGUGUGAUCCUCCAUGUAGUAGUGUGUGACGGGGCCGACUUCAUAAAAAGGAUGCCAAAUCGUGUAGCUGCCCGGUCGAAGUAGAUAGAAAGUUGCUCUUAGUAACCACACGUUGAAAAUGAUCGAGAAAUUGCGUUGUGGUACACCCGAUGGCAUCCUGCGCCGUGGCUAUUCUCUUGAACGUGUUGGCCAGGGUCCAGGCCGCAGUGACACCCGUGCGCCCAAGAAGAGUGCAGAAUGUGGUGACGUUUCCGUGUUAACCCUUACAGCGUGAGCGUAAAUCGUAACCCAAACAUCCUUUCUUGUUGUUAAUUGUUGCACUAAAACUUCCGGAAAAAAGUAGCCACGACCGUAAUUCUCGACUAAUGGUGUUCAUGAAUAGUGCAUCUUGAGUCCUUAGACUUACCACCUCGGAAACUCCUCUCAACCGAUGAAGAUGGCAUCCGAAACGGAAAAUUCCAUUCCCGUGUGCCCUCCACUGCCGGAACCGGCCGGAGAGCGUGCCCUCUACCGGAAGAUGAUGGGCAAGGGGCACGAAGUGAACGGCAGUGAAGAUAUCGGACGGACGGAAAUGGACGGCCCCGGUCAAGGUGCACCGGAGGGUUUGAAGUAUGCGAAGUAUAAUGUCACCGGCCCAACGGGACCGCUGGCCGGUGAGUGUACCAAGGGUGGGAUGGGCAGCACGGUAGCGGUGUCCACCGGUGGUACCAUUUCGGUGACGCUGGAAGAGAUUCUGAAAACGUUCAACGCGCCCAUUUCGGAGGAUCAAGCGUGGGCGCUCAUCUACCAGACGUCGCGGAUGUAUAAGGCCCGAUUGCAGGAACCGGGCUGCCGGUUGCGGGACCUUCGACUACCACUGCAUCCACACCAGCUGAACGUCCAGAAGGACGGCAGUUGCAACGUUACGGCUCGUACAGAUAAGGAGCUGUGCAUUCCAUCGACCCAGAAAAAGAUACUGCUCAAACUGGGCAUCGUCGUGUAUCGGGCGCUCGACUACAACCUGCCCACUAGUGAAGACUGCCAGAUCUCGCACGAGCUGGAGGAGCUGAUCGACUUCAUGACAUCCGAAGACAACGAUGACGAAGGUAUCGAGCGUGACUCGGAAGAAGUGGAGGAGGACCUGGUGUCGGUCGACAGCGACGGUGACUGUCCGCCCGGCAACGGAACGCUGGGCGGCGUGCUAACGAACCUGGAGGUAGUAAGCGUCGUCGCCAACGGUUGCGGUGGCGGCGAGCGAAAGCAUCUCGAAACCAAAGAACUGGAUCACGUGCUAGAGUACUGCUCAUCGCGUGUAUCACCCUCGAAGCCGGAAGAUCACUAUCGGGCCGUGUGUCGGGCGCUCGUAACGGAAACGCUGGAGCUGCGCACGUUCCUGCAACGGGUAUGUCAGGGCGAGGCGGAGGUCCUGCGGUUAAAGGCCCAGGCGGAAACGACCGGCAAGGAGCUGGAGAAGAUCCACUUCAACGAUUGGGCCCGCUUUUGGAUGCAGGUCGUCGAUGAGCUGCGGCGUGGCGUACGGUUGAAAAAGAUCAACUUCUCACGAGCGCCUAUCGAGUACGAGCUGACGCCCUACGAAAUCCUGAUGGAGGAUAUCCGCUCCAGAAAGUACAAUCUCCGCAAGGUUAUGGUGAACGGCGACAUUCCGCCGCGGGUCAAGAAGGACGCACAUGCAGUCAUAUUGGAGUUCAUCCGAUCGAGGCCGCCGCUGCGUAAGGCAUCGGAAAGAAAGCUUGCUCCCCAGCCGCUGAAACGAGUAUCGUGUCCUCGGGAGCAGCUGCUAGACUCGAUACGAAAGGGGCGCGUGCUGAAGCCGGUGAACCAGAAGCUGAAAUCAAGACUUUUACCUACCACAACCCAAGUAGAUAGCGUAAAGAAAUCGUGCGAUGAUGAAAUCGACACCAGCGGUGCAGCCCACAGCCUGGACGGGAUCGGCAGCAGUAGCAGCAACGGCGGCGGAGGCGGCGGUGGAACCGGCAGCAGCCAGAGUGCCAGCUUCCACCACGGUUCCAGCAGCUACUUCAGCGGCGGCAUCAGCACGGCCCACAAAACGAUGACGCUGGGUCGUUCGAGUUUUUCGCACACCAGCGGUACACCCCGUAACACCCUAAGACUGAUACCAGUAGACUUUUCGCUGUUCAACGAUGAUGACUUCAUUGAUGAGACAGCGAACGAUGGCGCAGAUUCGGGCCCGAGCGCUACCAGUGGGGGGCCCCGGAGCCAGCAGCAGAACGGUGGCAGUCACCGGAUACUGUACGGUGGCAGCGUUGGGGGCAAGCGCAGCAGCACAGACGCUGGCGGUGGUGGUGGUGGUAGCGGCCACACCAACGACAGCAACCACAGUACAAACCGGCUGAUGAUCGUCAACAACGAGAACAAUCAGAACAACAUCAACACCGUGCUGCGACGGACAAAGAACAUCAUCACCCACGACGAGUACCAUCGGUUCUGUGAUAAGGCUCUCGAAACCUACGACCUUGCAACGCAGUGCGAAUCGCGACGAGCAUCGAUGCGCCGGCACACCAUCAUCGGCUGCAAUCAGAACUACAAGCUCGACCCGCUGGCAAGCCACUCGGUGCCCGCGUCGCGGCCCGCCUCGCGCCAAUCCGAUCGCGACGCGGCCAAACCGGACACGCAACCGACGGCCAACGGGGUGCCCCCGAAGGAGAAACCCUCCGCCAUGGUGAUGCCGCACGUGGUGAACGGGGCGCGGCCGGCUCCGAUCGGUAGCGCUGCGCCGGCCGCCGGCCAGAACGGCACCAGCAGCAGCAGCACGAUCGAGUACGUCGGCGGCAGCAAUCUGUCGUCGCUGGACACGUGGACCAAGAACUCGCUCGACGAGCACCAGUGGAAGGACGCGUUCAAUCUGAACGAUCGGCUGUCGCUGACGCUGGAGGAGAUCGUACAUAUCCGCUCGGUCAUGACGAAGGCCGAGCUCGAGGGGCUGCCGGUGGACGUGCACAUCAAGGAGGACGUGGAGAAGCGGAAGGUGUGCUUCCUGUGCCUGCGCACCCGGUUCACGCUGUUUGCGCGCGGCAUCCUGUGCAAGCUCUGCCAGCGGACGGUCUGCAACAAAUGCAACACGAAGAUGCGAAUACCAACCGAACAUUUCCGCAAUGUUCCCGUGGUGCUGCUGUCGCCCUCGCUCAUGAACAGCCCGUGCACCUCCAACACGCCGUCGCCGAGCCAUCACGCGCACGGUACCGCCUCGGGCCCGACCAGCAUGGUGGACGAAUCCUUCCCCCGAUCCCUGAUGGAGCGACUGUUACGACCUGAGUUAGACCGAAAGACUCGCAACACGGUCGGUAGUGCUCCAUCGUCACCAAAGAAUCAGCGCUCUGCCUCGAGCACACCCGGCACCAGCCUGCACGGCACCGAGACGCUCUCCCUCUCCCUGUCCCAUCACGUGUCCUCCUCCGGUGGGGCGUCAAACCACUGCGCCAAAGACGUCACCGUGCCCGCGAGCGUCAUCGCCGCUUCGGCCGCGGCCCAGAAGUGUUCGCUCAUGUCCCGCAGCAUGGAGGGCCCGAACAGUCUGCCGCCGCAGAGCCCGGCCCGGCCCCACUCCAACUGUAGCACGCUGGACAGAAAGAAUCGCUUCGCGAAAGCAUUCACGCUUACCGCAUCCGGACCGGGCGGUGGUGGGCUUGACCCGCAGAAGGAACGGCUUACCGGUGAGCUGAUGGCGGUGUGCAAUGACUGUCGCAGCCUGGUGCUGGAAAUCAUCCGAUCCUCGCGGCAAACGCGUACGACGGCCCGGAACCAUGUGCUGCGCCAUCUGACGCUCGAUAUCUCGCCGGUGUACAAGUAAGCGGUGCCGUUAAACCCCGGGGUGGGCGGGUGGCCGAAAGCAAGCGCACAGUGGAGAGGAGUACAGUGUCUGGGCUGGUGUGGCCGCUUAUUUAAGGGAGACCGGACAGCUUUGUUACCCCAAAAUCUCCACGCACACACAUCUACAUAACAGCGCCCCGGAGCAGCAUUCGCCGAAUGAAAUGACGUUGUAUUUAUUAUACUUAUUUAUUAUUCAAAUCCUCCUACAAUCUGGCCCGCCUGCCCGGGCUUGCCGUUGCGAAUAUUUUGUAGAAAGAAGAAGAGGAAGAAGAAGACGGUCGCUUAGGGGGAGUGGGAGUGUGGUGCUGACACACGGUUGCCGAACCGAUUCGAGACCGAGUAAGCGUUAAGACUGGCUUUGCUAGCGAAUACCUCCAUGGCAUUGUGAUUAUUGUAAUACUAUUUUUUUUUUUUU